AUGCUUCCGGAACUCCCUGAAUACGUCGCGUUGAGCCACCGCUGGGGCAAAAUUAUGCCGCUCACCCUCAGGAAAAACGAUGUGGAGACAUUUAAGUCAGGCAUGCCGUUGUCCAAACUGCCAAAACGCUUUCAGGAUGCGGUGGAAAUCGCUCGCUGGAUGGAUAUCGACUAUAUCUGGAUUGAUUCUCUCUGUAUUAUUCAAGAUUCGGACGCGGAUUGGUCGUCUGAAUCUAGCAAGAUGGGAGAUAUAUACGCCAACUCGUACUGCAAUAUUGCUGCCCCUGGUGAUGAUUCACAAAAAGGCUGCUUCGCAGACAGGCCGAUAGAGAUGCUGGAACCCUCUUCGGUCUCCGAACCAGGUUUCGGCGACGUUGAGAAGACGCAUAUCCUUGGUUAUAGUGAUUUCUGGUCCAAUAGCCUUCUUGACAUGCCUCUGCACAGACGAGUGUGGGUCGUUCAAGAACAAGUGCUCAGCCCUCGUACAGUUCAUUUCGGACAGGACCAAAUCUUUUGGGAAUGCCGCGAGACGAAGGCCUGCGAAGCUUAUCCUCAUGGGAUACCAGAAGCAUUUUGUAACUGGAGGACACGGGACUGGGGUAAGCUGGAUGAAGAGGUCAUAUCCAGCCGUACACACCCGGAAGACGCAAGAGUGCAACCACAACCACAGCUUCUGCAGAGACUUUACGCCUUUCUGACGAGCCCACUGCGUUUGUUGUGCAAAAGCACAGCCACCCCACAAACACCCAUGACCUACGGACUCUGGGGUAAGACCUUUGGACGCUACAGGAAAUUUAAGCUAACGUGUUAA